GCGGAGCGACAGGUCUCGGGCCCCCAGGCGGAGCGGCGGGCACCGGACCCCCAGGCGGAGCGACAGACUGGCUCGGGCCCCCAGUCGUCGGCAAGCGGCGGGCACCGAGUCGUCUGGCAAGACAGCGGGCACCGAGUCGUCUGGCAAGACUGCGGGGGCACCGAGUCGUCUGGCAAGACCAGCGGGCACCGAGUCAACUGGCGGAACAGCGGGCACCGAGUCAACUGGCGGAACUGCGGGCACCGAGUCGUCUGGCAAGACUGCGGGCACCGAGUCGUCUGGCAAGACUGCGGGCACCGAGUCGUCUGGCAAGACUGCGGGCACCGAGUCGUCUGG